GGUGUGGCCAUGACGAAAUCAAACAGUGAGACGGGCCAGCUCAGCCCGCCAUUCUUUACGCAGUCCCUGGGAUCGGCAUCUGCCUAUGAGUCAUUGACGCUGAAUUCCGACCUAUCAGACGGCUGUUUCUUUAUAUAUAGGUGGCAAAUUUAUGUCCAAGGAUGUUUAGUUGUUCCAGUGAACACCUUGCCAAGCUCUACGUUGCGGACCAACCGCCUGGCACUGCGUGGUAACUCGUCCUACUUUAAGCGACCAUUACGGAGUGGUUGGAGUCGGGUUUCAAGACUGCCGUACAAAGGAACCAUCACCGACUAGGACGACAAAUACCUAAAGACAUCUGACGAAUUCAGGUGCUGGGCAAAACGUUCUGCGCCGCCAUGAUGGAACAUAGCUUCAUUGAAAGAUGGAUGAGCAACGGUUUCAAAGAGUUUGGGCGGUUAAUAGCCAAGCAACCACACGCCUUUCUCUUCGUCUCCCUGCUUGUGGCUGGAGGUCUGGGAGCAGGACUCUACUUCAUAGACAACGAGAAUUCUAUCGAGAAACUUUACACUCCCGACAGUGGGGCAGGGAAGGUGGAGAGGGAUUACAUUCAAGAACAUUUCCCCAUCAACGAUUCGGAACACUUUCUGCCCUCUCGUCUGAUCACAUCGGGGCGCUAUGCCGCCAUCAUCGUCAGAGGUUGUGGCGAUCUAGCAAACAAUGUGCUACACGAGUCAGUAGUGAAUGCGGCUGUUUCCCUUCAUAAAAACAUCACGCAAAUAGAGACGGAACAUCAUGGUUUGAACUUCACAUCCGUCUGUGCUAGAUGGGAAUCAGAAUGCGUUGUAACCGGUCUGGACUUUUUGGAUUACAUCGCGUCACAGGUGCCGAAUGUUACGGUAGGAUACCCGCUCCAGGGAACAAUUUUCAGUGGUGCCGUCCUCGGCGGCGUGUCGGUAGAUGACGGGACGGAUACCAUCCGGAAGGCGACGGCUUUCAAACUGAUCUACCAUCUAAGGUCGUCCCACGAAGAGGACGACGAGUCGAGCGAGGCAUGGGAGCGCGCGUUCCUCGGCUUCAUGGCGACGUUUUCCUCGGAUUCCAUCGACGUGUCGUGGUCGACAUCCCGCUCCCUGGAGACGGAGAUCUCGGACCUGACCAUCAGCUCCGUCCCUACGCUAGCGGCCUACACCGGCAGCAUUCUGAUGGCGUUCGCCAUCCUGUCCUGCCUGAUGAUCGACCCGGUGCGCAGCAAGCCUUUCCUGGGCAUGGUGGGCGUCCUGGGCGCGGGAAUGGCCGUCCUGGCGACCAUCGGCCUGAUGUCCUACUGUGGGGUCAAGUUCAACACACUGGUGGCCGCCAUGCCUUUCCUGGUGAUAGGUGUCGGCGUGGACAACAUGUUCAUCCUGCUAGCGGCGUGGAGGAAGACCAACCCGUGGGACAGCGUGCAGGACCGGUCAGCCAACACCUACGCCGAGGCCGGAGUGUCCAUCACCAUCACGACACUGACCAACGCCUUAGCUUUCGCCGUCGGUGCCAUCACCAGCUUCCCGGGCGUCCGCGUGUUCUGUAUGUACAGCGGCAUAGCUAUCGUGUUUGCCUACUUGUUUCAGCUUAAUUUCUUUGGCGCGUGUAUGAUAUAUGACGGUUACCGAGAGAAGCAGAACCGACAUUUCCUGACAUGUAUGACGGUCCCCAUACCCUCUAAAGACGACCAGUCCGGUUGUUGCCAACAGUCGUGCUGCAGGGGCGACGCAAAGGCGGGAGUCAAAGAUCACAAUGACCACCUCAUUAUGUUAUUCUUCAAAAAGUAUUACGGACCUUUCAUGACAAAUGUGUGGGUAAAAGUAGUGGUCAUGAUUAUGUUUGUCGGGUACCUGGGUGUCGCGAUUUGGGGGUGCGUCCAGCUGAGGGAGGGCGUCCAGCUCAGUAAGCUUGCCGGCGACGCAUCGUACGUUGCCCGCUUCCUCGAGCAGGACGAUAGCUACUUUAGCGAGUAUGACGUCAGGGUCGCUGUGAUUGUAAAGGAAGAACUAGACUACUGGGACCCUGACGUGCAGGAUAGAGUUGAUAACAUGUUAGCGGGGUUUGAGGACACGGCGUUCACUUGUGGCAAGAACGAGUCUGAAUCAUGGUUACGCGAUUUCUUGGCAUAUGCAGACCUGAUCUGUCUCAAUCCCUAUCUACCAGCGUUGAACCCAGCUAACAAAACGUCCUUCAUAGAAUGCCUUAGAGACCGCUUUCUUUCAAUACCUGAAUUCAAAAGAUAUGCUCACGACAUGUUGUUCAAUGAAAACGGUACUGAAAUCAUAGCCAGUCGUUUUUUCGUUCAGACAAAGGAAAUUGACGGGACUUUAAAAGAGAAAAACAUGAUGAUAAAGAUGAGGGAUUUAGCAUCCCAAUCAUCGAUUGAAGCAAUUGUUUACCAUCCGUCGUUCGUUUAUUACGACCAGUACAUCGCCAUUCUACCCAACACCUUGCAAAACUUAGGUAUCGCCACGGCGGCCAUGUUGGUUGUUUCUCUCUUCCUCAUGCCCCAUCCAGUCAAUGCCGUCUGGGUCACUCUCGCCAUUGCGUCCAUCUGCACGGGGGUGCUCGGGUUCAUGACGCUCUGGUCCGUCAAUCUAGACAGCGUUUCCAUGAUUAAUAUCAUCAUGUGCAUCGGCUUUUCCGUCGACUUUUCGGCUCACAUAGUAUACUCCUUUGUCACGGCUGAGGAAAGUGGUCGGGACGCCAGAGCCGUGCAUGCGCUGUACAGUCUUGGCGUACCGAUCCUCCAGGGGUCGUUAUCAACCAUUCUGGGCAUAGCAGCGCUGAGCACGGCUCCCUCGUACGGCUUCCGCACCUUCUUCAAAACGGUGUUUCUGGUCAUCGUGUUCGGCCUCGUGCACGGUAUUGUCUUCCUUCCCGUCAUGCUCUCCUGCCUAGGUCCGCAAGGCGCGGUGAACCUGAAGGAGAACAGGAGCGACGAGGCCCAAGCUGGCCAUUUUAGUACCUCCAAUCGUAACGCUGAAGACGGUGGUAACGUCGUGCUACAAGAUGUAAAAGUAGAGGGCAGGAAAGAUAACCCACUGAUGACUCUCAGUAUGAAGGUCUGGCUCGACCACUUAAAUGAGGAAAAUGGACUGAAAGACAAGGGCACGACGGAAAGUCAAUUAAAUCUGGCCGCGAACGCAGAAAUGAGCGUUUCAACGGAGGAAGAUUCAAAAUUAUAGCCCAGUAACAUUUCUGGAAUCAUUUAUUCCAGCAGUAAUCGUAAGUGCAAUGUUAACAACCGUCGCGCGUUCUAAACAUCCGUCAUGAAUAUCCACUACUGAGUGCCAUGGAAAAAGUCGAUUACAGCAAGCAAUCCAUACAAAAAGAGUAGGUGUCAAAAUCUGAAAUCUUCCAGGCUGUCAAAAUGUGUUAAUGUGUCAAGGUGGCAAACUCGUAAGACAUUCCAAUGUAAUAUGAAGUUGUACAAAUGUUGUACAAAUCUUCCAAUGUAAUAAUAAUAUGAAGUUGUACAAAUGUUGUACAAAUCUUACUCAUGCAGUGAACUAGUCUGUAUUUAUAAACAAUAAUGUGCCUCACAGUUAGGUCAUGGAUUAGGUAGCUAGAAGUUGUGUAUAUCCCGGACUGCAAAGCAGCAUAUUUUAACCAAGGCACAAAUAAACACCGUGUAUAAUGUUUCUGUAUUUACUGAGGCCAAAUAUAAUUAGGAAAAACCCAGCUGCCAUUUUUACCAUGACAGAGGAAUGUGAUGUAACGUUGUUUGUUUACGUUCAAAUGUAACUUCACAUCCUUCUACAUCACUUUUGGUGCAAUACAACAUUUAUAAUGCAAAAUUACAAUCAAGUAGGUACUUCUAGAUUUUUAUGUAUUUUGUUAUUACAAUGAGAUUUGUAUAUAAAGUAAACGUGCUUGUAAAGCGUGAGUCAGGUCUUGGCGACAGUCCUUAUUUGUCAAAAGCAAACGAGACAUAUCAUAGGGCAAACCAACGUCUGGCAGGUAAGGUCGAUCAUUCACUGUGGAAUUCACUAGAUUAUUGCCAGUAUAGCGUUAUGAUAUAGGAUGGCUAGGAUGAGUUUAAAACAGCUGCAAAUGUUAUAUCUAUAUGAAAUUUGAUUAUGUAAGGCCCAGCGUCACCAUCCUUUAUUGUAAUUGAUUAUUAUGACAUAGGGUGGCUAAGAUGAGUUUAAAACAGCUGCAAAUGUUAUAUCUAUAUGAUAUUUGAGAGAGAUGCAACAACAAUGCAACUUGUAUGUUUGUUAUCAUGUCAAGGUGUAUGAAGUGGAAGAUGCAACAAUCGUUGCUAUGUACGUUUGUAUGUCUUUUUAAUGUCCUAAUUAAUAUGUAUGAUGGGUUUACACAAGAAAAUUGCUAUUUAUGUUUGAGCAAUUAAAUCCUCUUUUGCAGUUAUCACCUUUGAUAUUGUGCUUAUGUUAUAAGUUAUGUGAAGACUUUAUCGAGAUUUCUGUUGUGUGUUGUUUUCUUAAUUGAACCUGUCAUAAAAUGCAAGAAAAUAAAUGUGAUAUUCUCA